GCGCCGGGUCGGGGGUGAUCCCGGGAUGGUGGCCCGGGAAUGGUGUCCAGCCCGCGCCCAGCCUGGAGCCCGCGGCACGGCGGACACCUGCCCGAGGGAGGUCACAAUGGCCCAAAGGACGUUCAGAACACAUUUGCUAUUCUGCUUUGCUAUGGCUGCAUUCUUCAUCUCUGCCCUAGCUGAGGAACACGUAGGAGAGAGUCAACAUCCAAAUAUUCGCCUUGAUAAGAAUUUGGUACAAGAUAAAGAACACAUCAUGGAGCACUUGGAAGGUGUUAUUGAGAAACCAGAAUCUGAGAUGUCUCCACAAGAGUUGCAGCUCCAUUACUUCAAAAUGCAUGAUUAUGAUGGCAAUAAUUUGCUGGAUGGAUUAGAACUUGCUACUGCUAUCUCACAUGUCCACAAAGAGGAAGGUGGUGAGCAUACCCAAGCAAUGAAGGAAGAAGAGCUAAUUAGUCUAAUAGAUGAUGUCUUGAGAGAUGAUGACAAGAACAAUGACGGAUACAUUGACUAUGCAGAAUUUGCAAAAUCACUGGAAUAAGGGUUUGUUUCUCCUUCUAACCACAUGAAAAUGUGAACCAGUAUAAUGUGAUUCAUUAUUGUCCCAUAUCAACCUCUGUGCUGUGAGGAGGAGAGGUGUACCGGUUCCAGCUGAAUUUAUUUGAAAGUUGUAUGUGUCAAGAGUUUUGCUAACCUGGAGAGAGAGCCAUGUUUGACUAAACAUAACUACAUAUUCGAAGCAUGGAAGUGUCAGCAGUACUCACACAGGGUACAGCUGGCAAACUCCUAAGUAGCUCUGUAUGAAUACUAAAUAGAAUCAUUAGCAUCUAAAUUUCAGGUUUUCAGUCAUUGGGUUUCAUAGUUCUUACUUGGUUACAUCUUCUAUUUAAAAUUAUACCUAGAAAGCAAGAAAUUAUUACUGCAUAAAGUUGCAUUCCAAGGGUAAAUGCUUUACCUUCUCUCUAAUUUACAAGGAAAUCUGCAGAUAAUUACAGGUGCUUGAAACAGCAGUUGUAGAGAGAAAGCAUUUGAGUGUGGGUUAUGUUUGAGUUCCACAUGACACCAUAUGGACUUAAACAGUCUUUGAAUAAAUUGAGUAUUUUUAAAUAUA